UUGCAGACAUGGUCGCGGAAAAGUGACGUAUGCAGACACAGCGCCCACAGGGCGCGUGCAGUGCGGUCGCCGUGAAGUGACGUCACGCAGCCGCAGGAUGGCGGGCAGUGGCCGCCGGCCCGAGCACCGCGGGCCGCCCGAGCUGUUCUACGAUGAGGCCGAGGCACGGAAGUACACCCAGAACUCCCGCGUGGUGGAGAUCCAGUCGCAGAUGUCGGAGCGGGCUGUGGAGCUGCUGGGGCUGCCCGAGGACCGUGCGUGCCUCCUCCUGGACGUGGGCUGCGGCUCGGGGCUGAGUGGGGAUUACAUCUCUGAGGAGGGUCACUACUGGAUUGGCAUGGACAUCAGCCCUGCCAUGCUGGAUGUGGCCGUGGAGAGGGAGGUGGAAGGAGACCUUCUCCUUGCAGAUGUGGGGCAUGGCAUUCCCUUCAGGCCUGGCAUGUUUGAUGGCUGUAUCAGUAUUUCUGCAGUGCAGUGGCUCUGUAAUGCUGACAAGAAGUCACACAGCCCCCCCAAACGCCUCUACAGGUUCUUCUCCACUCUUUACACUGCCCUGGCCCGAGGAUCCCGAGCUGUGCUGCAGCUGUACCCCGAGAACUCAGAGCAGCUGGAGCUCAUCACUGCCCAAGCCAUGAGAGCUGGAUUUACAGGGGGAAUGGUGGUGGAUUACCCCAACAGUGCCAAAGCCAAGAAGUUCUUCCUCUGUCUCUUUGUUGGGACAUCUGGCACAUUACCAAAGGGCCUUGGUACCGAGUGUGCCAGUGAAGAGCCACAGCAGGCAAAGUUCACCAAUGAGAGGACACGGUUCAGGAAUGUCAAGGGCAAGUCUGUGAAGAAAAGCCGGGACUGGAUCCUGGAGAAGAAGGAGCGCAGACGCCGCCAGGGCAAGGAGGUGCGGGCAGACACGAAAUACACGGGCCGGAAGCGCCGUCCUCGCUUCUGAACUGCUCUGGACACUGCUGCCGUGGAAGGUGGCAUUUGGGUGCCUCCAGAGAGCCUCCUGUGGAUGGCACAGAUGGCACCCCACACCUGGGGACUUGCUGGGACUGGUCACUGUGGCUCUUCAAGGUACAAACUGGCUCAGGUGCUGCUGAAGAGCAAAGUUUCCCGCCCUGUUUCCCUGGUGAAGGUGCAGACAGUGCUCUGGCAGUGCUGCUGGGCAGUGCUCUACAGUGCCAUCACUCACCUUCCUGAGUGCAGUGAGCCAGCUGAGCUCCAGGUAAGCCAGGAUGUGAUAUCCAGUUCCUCACUAAAGAGUCAAAGAGUUGGAAGUGUU